AUGAGUAAAUGCACCUGGACUCCUAAAACUACUUUACCUUGUCCACACAAUUAUGAAGAACAUGUACCAGAACCUUUAAUUCUUGAUACAAUUCUUGAUCAUAUUGGGAAUACUCCACUUGUUAGAAUUAAUAAUAUUACAAAAGCGGAGGGAAUCGAAUUGGCAAAAUGUGAAUUCUUCAAUGCCGGGGGAUCAGUUAAAGAUAGAAUUGGCAAACGCAUGAUUGAAGAGGCUGAGAAGGAAGGAAUAUUAAAGCCUGGUUAUACAAUUAUUGAACCAACUUCUGGUAAUACUGGAAUUGGACUCGCUUUGACUGCUGCUAUAAAAGGCUACCGUACUGUCAUCACUUUGCCAGAAAAAAUGACUCUUGGAGCAGAAAUUGUUCGUACUCCAACUGAAGCAGCUUGGGAUUCGCCUGAAUCACAUAUAGGAGUGGCAAAUAGGCUCAACAAAGAAAUUCCAAAUUCUGUUAUAUUGGAUCAAUAUAAAAAUCCAUAUAAUCCAAUAGCUCAUUAUGAUCACACAGCCGAAGAAAUUUUAAAAUCUUGUGAUGGGAAAAUUGAUGUUUUUGUUGCUGGUGCGGGCACUGGUGGAACUUUAACAGGAAUUGCUAGAAAAUUAAAAGAAAAAAGUGCUGGUAUAGGAUAUGAUUUUGUUCCUGAAGCACUUGAUAGAAGUUUAAUUGACGAAUGGGUCAAAUCAAAUGAUAAAGAUUCGUUUAUAAUGUCACGUAGAUUGAUUCGAGAAGAAGGCCUUCUUUGUGGUGGUUCAUCUGGAUCAGCAAUGUGUGCAGCUAUCAAAGUAGCCAAAUCAAUGAAAAAGGGACAGCGAUGUGUAGUGCUUUUAGCAGAUAGUGUGCGCAACUAUAUGUCAAAAUUUUUGAAUGACGAUUGGAUGAAAUCACAUGGAUUUGUCGAUGAAGUAACCAAAAAAGAAGAGGAGAUCAAGGUUCAAAAAUGGGGAGGUGCAACUAUUAAAGAUCUCAAGUUGAAACUGGCUAUAACUAUAGAUUCAAAAUCGUCAUGUAAAGAAGCUAUUGAGAUACUACAAAAAAAUGGAUUUGAUCAACUACCUGUUACCGCGUCCCAAAAUAAUAUACUAAUUGGACUUAUUACUCUUGGUAAUUUAUUAUCAAGACUAUCCAAGGGAAUGGCAACAUCUGAAUCACCAGUUGAAAAAAUUAUGUUUAAAUUUAUUAGGAAUAAAAAUUUCGAAGAAAUUACAUCCGAUACACCGUUAGAAAAGUUAACUAAAUUUUUUGAAACAAAUAGUUCUGCUGUAGUGACUGAGCGAGGAGAAGAUGGUGUGUUAAUUCCUAAACAUGUUGUAACUAAACCUAAUGACCAUAAAAAUCUUAUAAACUUUAAAUUUGAAUGUAAUUUAAAUUAA